CGGGUUGGACAUGCUGCGUUUUUAAAAAGCCGUUCAGAAUGACAACAAGUGGAGCGAAAUGUGUGCUCAUCGAUCUAAGUGGAACACUGCACAUAGAGGAUGAGGAAGUACCAGGGUCUGUGGAUGCGUUAGAAAGGUUGAGGGCCAGUGACCUGAAAGUCCGCUUUGUGACCAACACCACCAAGGAGAGUAAGCGUGUUCUGGUCCAGCGCCUGAAUCAGAUCGGGUUCAACGUGGCGCCAGCUGAUGUGUUUACAUCUUUGACUGCAGCUCACGAUGUUGUGAGGGAGAAGAAACUGCGACCCAUGUUGCUGUUGGAUGACCGUGCGAUGGAGGACUUUGAUGACAUAGCUACUGAAGAUCCAAAUGCGGUCGUGGUUGGUCUAGCACCGGACAAGUUUAACUACAGAGUUCUCAACUCUGCCUUCAGGUUGUUGUUAAAUGGCUGUCUCCUGAUUGCAAUUCACAAAGGAAGAUACUACAGGAGGAAGGAUGGGCUGGCUCUGGGACCAGGUCCUUUCGUAUCCGGUCUGGAGUAUUCAACAGGAGCAAAGGCAGAGGUGGUCGGCAAGCCAGAAACACGCUUCUUCCUGUCCGCCAUCAGGGACAUGGGUUGUGAGCCUGGCCAGUGUGUCAUGAUUGGCGAUGAUGUUCGGGAUGAUGUUGGAGGGUCACAGACUGCUGGCAUGACCGGAAUACUCGUGAAGACAGGGAAGUACCAAGAUGGAGACGAAACGAAGAUCACCCCACCACCUAGCCAUGUAGCACCUGACUUCUCCCACGCUGUCGAUAUCAUCUUGGGAAGCCAGCAGCAGUGUAGCUGAUGAUAUCAGUAUGGAUACAGUGUAGUCUAUUAUUAUGUCAAUAUAGCUACAGUGUAGCUGAUGAUAUCAGUAUGGAUACAGUGUAGUCUAUUAUUAUAUCAAUAUAUCUACAGUGUAGCUG